AUGGAAGUGCAAGGCAUUUUCUUUACGUUACCGGAAGGUACGGGUGAUAACGUUUACGCAAAAGCGCUGAACGCUUUGGACAAAUAUUUUAAGCCCCAAGCAAAUGUUCCCUAUGAAAGAUCUGUUUUUCGAAGGAUUGCACAGUCCACAUUGGGGACUAUUGAACAGUACAUAACUCGAUUACGUCAGCGUGCAGAAACCUGUGAAUUCGGGAACCGUGACGCAAUAGACGAGAGGAUACGUGACCAGAUUAUCGACAAGUGCGUACGUCAUAACUUGCGCCAUAAACUACUUGAGAAGGGUAGGGAACUCACUCUCGACCAAGUCCGUGAAAUCGCCAGUGCUAUGGAAGACUCUGAGAGACAAGCCACAUCAAUUGAAAAUCAGCCCCAAGGAGCCAGUAGCAAUGUUGUCAACAAGGUUAGUGAUCAGAAUAAGAGACGUUUUGUGAAAAAGACUAACGGUAAAUGUUACAGUUGCGGUUAUGAAGGGCACUUACGGAAAGAUCCUAGAUGUCCUGCUAAGGGGAAAAAGUGUCGUAAGUGUAAUGAAGUUGGAUAUUUUGAACGACAGUGUAAAACCAAAAACUGGAGUGCUAAAGGGAAACACGAGAGAGUUCAUAACAUCACAUAG